CCUGAACCUUAAGAAUUGUAUAUAAUGGACAUUCCAUCACGUCAGCAUCUGGGAGAGGGUUCAGGGAUGGAUGCUUCCCUGUUUAGUUUUUACCACCUCGACACUAUGGCAUCCGACUCUAGUGCCUCAAGCCCUACUGCAGUAGUUUCCUCGGGGAGGAGGGGCUCGAAAAAGGUCCGCACGGGCUGCGUCACCUGCAAAAUACGGAAAGUCAAGUGUGAUGAGACCAAGCCAUACUGCCUGAGAUGCACAAAGACUGGGCGCAAGUGCGAUGGGUAUCUGGAUCCACGAAACUUAGCCUCGAGGCGCCGGCCCAAAGAACCCACGCCACAGGACCACGCCCUGGGUCCGCUGCUCGAGCUUUCCACCCCAGAGGAGAAGCGGGCCUUCUUCUUCUUCCAGCAUGUGACGGCUCCGUGUAUUUCAGGAGACUUCGACGCCAUUUUCUGGAGGAGUGUAGUGCUUCAAGUUGCCCAGACCGAGCCGGCAGUCCGACAUGCCGUGCUCUCGGUGAGCACCUUGCACGAGGCUCUUAUACAGGGCACAGUCGUCCAGUCCACAGAUGCUUCCGCGACACAGUCAUUCGCGUUGCAACAGUACAACAAGGCCAUCGCGCGUCUCCUGGACCAGAUGAACAACCCUCUCACCAAGCCUCUGGCGUCGCUGCUCACGUGUGUUCUUUUUGUCUGCAUUGAGUUCUUGCAGGGGAAAGACAAGGAGUCUCUCAUACAUCUUGAGCAGGGCCGGCAGCUUCUGACACGGCUGGACGAGCGAUACAAUGGCCCUGAGAUGGAAUGCAUCCUGCGUCAUGUUGUGCCUCUAUACACGCGGCUGAGCUUAACUUCGUUCCUUUUUGGCGGCACACCUGUGCCGUUGCCAGACUCGUUGAAGUCCCGGGGGGAGAUACCUGAUACUUUUGGCUCUAUGGACCACCUGAGGUAUUUCAUGCACGAGUUUAUGGAACAAGCUUUCCGCUUCACACACCGGGCUCGGCCGGCAAAGAACAGCAGUGACUCAAUAUCGCGGGAGACGAUGCAACUGCUCGAAGUCGAACAGGACCGCCUGCUCUGUCGACUAGCCAAGUUCAACGUCGCCUUUUCGCUCUUCCGAGCAUCAAGAUCGAAACCUGGGCCUGAGAAUACGCUUCUGGUCCUGCAAAUGUACCUUCAUGCCCAAUACAUCUGGAUAUCCACCGCAUUGAGCUCGUCGGAGGUAGUCUACGACAACUACCUGGCUCAAUUUGCCGCGAUCGUUCCUCUAGCAGCCGCGUACAUUGAUAUCGAAACGUCGCCACCGAGUCAGCCAUCAUUACCGCCUCAAAAGCCUGGGUCAGCAGCAGCACCGACGUUCCCCUUCUCAGGGGUUAAUCAACAAUUACCAGGGAGCAACUUCACCUUCGAGACGCACAUCAUCCCACCUCUGUACUACGUGGCUACCAAAUGUAGACACCCGCUGAUCCGUCGCUCAGCACUAGAUCUACUUCGACGAGACCCAUUUCGACGAGAAAACCUGUGGCGGGCCAGCGUGAUGGGAGCACUUGCAGGGCAUGUUGUGUCUCUGGAGGAGCAAUGGGCGCAGAGACAGAGUUUCUCGACUGUUUCUGCAUCUCAUUCUCCACAGUUCUCCAGUAUAAGGAGCACUAGCGUUGGCCACAACACCAUAUCUGAGCGCAGCCUAGAACAGGCAUCUCGAUACCGAUCGGACUUUUCGAGCCAUGACAAGCCUAUGGACUUGAACCGAGCAGACGCCCUCAAUCAACCGGUUCAGUGCUCCGUACCGGACUUGAGAUUCAUGGAUUUCGAUGCCGACCAGCCCAUGGAGCAAUCUACAGGUCAAGGUCUCCGCGGAGAUGCUAACAUCCCGGCCUCUCUAAGCCAAGAGCCUUCUCUUUCUUCUUCUACAGACGGCUUCUCAUUCAACUCAGCGAUGGACUCGGCAGCGAGCGGUUUCCACGCGCACGACGUGAACAUCCACAUCUGGUCACACGAACAACGUCAACAGUCAGAACACAGCAGCCAGGGAUCAUACCAGCCCGACUUAAGAAAAGACUUCGCCGGGGCAUCAUCUUAUACCAUGUAUCAAGGCAACGAGAGGCAACCGCAGCUUGCGGGGCUUGCGGUGGGCGACUCGGCAUCACAUUCCGGCUCGGACGGCUCCUCGCCCGAUCUCGACGAGCACGGCUAUUCUGCGAUCUCUGGGAGCCAAACACAACCGAACAUUGUGUUCCAGCCAACAGCGGCAGACACGCUUUCUUUCCCACAACAACAGCAGCAUCUAGGGACUAGCAACCUCCCGAGCGGCCUGAUCACGGAGGCGCCGUUUGGUCUCGCAGAGGAGCUCAGGGUCCACGAUGCCAUCAUCGGGCGCGAGAGGGAGGACGGCAGCUGGGUUGUCGUAUUCAGGAAACUGCACGGCGCUGAUUCGGAAUGGGACGUGCAGACGGACUGGGUAGCCACAGGGUAG